AUGGCAGUGCCGACCCGAAGAAGAACGGAAGCAACUGGGGGUCCUUCUUCGGGCCUUCGAAGGUGGCGAUUGCCAAGACGGUGGUGGACGCGGAGCGGAUCCGACGAGAGGCUCAGGCCAUGGCCGCUCGCGAGGCCCAGCGGAAACGAGAGGUGUGCUUGUCAUCGGCAGGAGGCGGCGAAAGCUGCACAGGCGACUGAUGUGAUGGUUGUCCUCUUCGCAUCGCAUGUCUGUCCCGUUUGUCUCGCACGUGUGCGCCUCCGCACUCCCCUUUGUUCCUGGCACUGGCAGGAGGCGGAGAAGGCACGCAGUGGCAGCAAGGCGAGUGCGGCAGGGAGGCCUGCGCCUGCAGGGGCGAAGAAGGCACCAGAGGCGGCUUACCGGGAUGACAGGAGAAUGCUCCUAGCUGAGGAGGAGGCGAAGCGCAAGCGACUUAAGGAGAAUCGGGACUUCUCCUUUCUCUUCUCAUCAGACCCCAAGCAGAAACCACCUCCCUCCCGGUCCCAGAUCACCCCUCCUAGACCGCACACAGCUCCUCCUAGAUCUCUUAGUACCCCUCCGCUUUCCAAGGACCAGCGCAACCACAGGGAGAACCACAUGGGGCCGGCAUAUGACAGCGAUGACUGUUCCCCUUCUGAACACGAGAGCUAUUUGGCCUCAAUUCCCUCUCUCCCCCCUCCAUGCUUCCCUCUCUCCCUCCCCCCUUCUCUCAGACGCAACCACAGGGAGAACCACAUGGGGCCGGCAUAUGACAGCGAUGACUGUUCCCCUUCUGAACACGAGAGCUAUUCGGCCUCAAUUCCCUCUCUCCCCCCUCCAUGCUUCCCUCUCUCCCUCCCCCCUUCUCUCAGACGCAAGCACAGGGAGAACCACAUGGGGCCGGCAUAUGACAGCGAUGACUGUUCCCCUUCUGAACACGAGAGCUAUUCGGCCUCAAUUCCCUCUCUCCCCCCUCCAUGCUUCCCUCUCUCCCUCCCCCCUUCUCUCAGACGCAACCACAGGGAGAACCACAUGGGGCCGGCAUAUGACAGCGAUGACGAUGACAACAUGGAGGUUGGGUUCAGCCAGCUGAUGGCUGAGGAGAGACGAAGUGCUCUGAUUGCUCGCAAGGAGGACGAGAGGGAGGCGGAGCUACUAGCAAGGGAAGAGGAGGAGAGGGCGAGGAGGAAGAAGGCCAAGAAGAUGGGCAGGAACUGA